CGCCCGAGGAGCUGAGAAUCGGACUCGUGUGAGAUCGGAGAGGGCUCGAGCCCGCUCGGGCCGGGCUCGGCUCCUCUCGGUCCCCGGCUACGGCCGCCUCGGGCGGGCUCGGAUGGAGGACUCGGACUCGGCGGCGAAGCAGCUGGGCUUGGCCGAGGCGGCGGCGGUAGCUGCGGCGGCGGUGGCCGCAGCAGUGGCCGCGGAAGGAUCCGAGCACCAGCGGGCGGAGGCGGCGGGCUUAGAGGCGGAGCCCGAGGAGGAGGAGGCAGCGGCGCAAGUGACGGCAGUGACCGUGAUGGCGGCGGAUGCCGAACACAUCGACAUGGGAGCCGAGUCCCUGCCGAGCGCGGACGAGGCCGCUGCCUUCGCAGAAGUCACAACAGUAACGGUAGCCAAUGUGGGUGCCUCUGCAGACAAUGUCUUCACCACAUCAGUGGCAAAUGCUGCAUCUAUAUCUGGACAUGUGCUGUCUGGCAGAACAGCUCUUCAAAUUGGGGACAGCUUGAAUACAGAAAAAGCCACUCUGAUAGUGGUUCACACAGAUGGCAGCAUUGUAGAAACCACAGGGCUGAAGGGGCCCUCUGCACCUCUCACACCAGGUUCUCAGUCUCCUCCCACUCCCUUAACACCUGGUCAAGAAAAAAAUGGCACAAAGUAUAACUGGGACCCAUCAGUGUAUGACAGUGAACUCCCUGUGCGAUGCCGGAAUAUCAGCGGAAUCCUGUAUAAAAACAGGCUUGGUUCAGGAGGCCGGGGCCGAUGUAUUAAGCAAGGGGAGAACUGGUACAGCCCCACUGAGUUUGAAGCCAUGGCAGGAAGAGCCAGCAGCAAAGAUUGGAAAAGAAGCAUCCGCUAUGCAGGGAGGCCACUGCAGUGCCUUAUUCAUGAUGGGAUUUUAAAUCCUCAUGCUGCCUCAUGCACGUGUGCCGCCUGCUGUGAUGACAUGACCUUGAGUGGCCCAGUACGACUGUUUGUCCCUUAUAAAAGGCGAAAAAAAGAAAACGAAUUGCCUACAACUCCAGUGAAAAAAGACUCUCCCAAAAACAUCACCCUGCUUCCUGCUACAGCUGCUACCACUUUCACCGUGACUCCUUCAGGACAGAUCACUACUUCUGGUGCUCUGACUUUCGACCGUGCAUCAACUGUGGAGGCCACAGCUAUCAUCUCAGAAAGUCCAUCCCAGGGUGAUGUAUUUGCUGGCGCCACUGUUCAAGAUACUACUGUCCAACAACCAUGCCGCGUCAGUCAUCCAGAACCUCACUAUCCAAGUUAUCAGGACAAUUGUCAGAUUUCACCUUUUCCAGAAGCUGCACUGCCAACUUCCCAUCCCAAAAUAGUGUUGACGUCCCUUCCUGCCCUGGCUGUGCCACCUACUACCCCCACCAAAGCCAUAUCCCCCUCAGUAGUGAAUGGACUAGAGAUGACAGAGCAACGGAGCUGGCUAUACCUGGAGGAGAUGGUCAACUCCUUACUGAACACAGCCCAGCAACUGAAGACCCUGAUUGAACAGGCUAAACAGGCCAGCUCCUCCUUCCGGGAGGCUGCUGUUACUCAAGCGAAAAUCCAAGCCGAUGUGGAGAGGAAAGAGCAAUAUCAAAACCAGUUAUUUCAACAAACGGAAGAUGUCGAUGGUAAAACAGAAAUCAUCAUCAAGCAGUCCUGUGUAAACUGUGGUCGGGAGGCAAUGAAUGAGUGCACUGGAUGCCAUAAAGUCAAUUACUGUUCAACUUUCUGCCAGAGGAAGGCAGCCUGCCUGCAUGUUCCAGUGCUGAGCUGUGGUGGUUGUGACGUCACCAGCAGAGAGCAUGCUGGGGCAGUGUACCAAGCAGACCCUGCCAAUCAGAGAGAAGCCGCAGUGGAGGAUUGGAAGGAUCACCAGCACAUGUGCGGUCAGUCGGCCACAGUCACAGUGCAAGCAGAUGAGGUGCACGUCACAGACAGUGUCAUGGAGAAAGUCGCAGUCUGAAAAAUCUACUUCUGUAAGGUCCCAGCAAAGAACAAGGGAAGGUGCUUGGCUGGAUCAGCAAACUGGAUGGGAGCUCAUAUUGUUGGGUGUCUGGAAACUGAACUCUUCUCUUCGAUGAGCUCGUCUUAUGAAAACGCUUGAGCACUGUGACAUCAUUUGCAUUUUGGAGGCCUACACAAAAUUGUAGCAAAGGAGACACUAAAGAUACGUGAUCUGGGAAAAAUAACUAGACUUGCUGUUCAGGAGACCACCCUCGUUUUCAAGAAUUUUGGACUGUAAAGUUAAGCUUUCAAGACUUUGAAACCCCUCCGUUGCAGAUUAUGUUAGAGCCAUUUCUCUUGGGGGCCAUCUACAGUGGUUGGAGUGAAAGUUACGAUGUGCCAGUGUUCCAUUUCGCCCCAUGCCACCCUACCUCUCAUUUGAAAAAACAAAUCUUCCUUCAUUUGUUUAAUUUAAUUGUCUUUAAAAACAUACAUCAUAAACUAUAGUCUGUCAUUAGAAGCCCUUUUUCUGAUUCAUUUUUGCCUUUGCCUUCAGGGCAAAAUUUUACAUAUUGGAAAUUCUGCACGUGUUUAUAGACAGAAGAUGUCAUAUUGUUAAACAAAAUACAGUGAAAUCAUGAAAAUGCAUAUCUGUAACAUUCCUUUUACGCCAAGUGUAUUUGCCAGAGCACUGUUAAACGGACGGCGUGGACCUAUUUUGCUCAGCACAGUAAGAUGAAGCUUCAUGACACUGGUGUUUCUCAGCUGCCUUUUUGUGGCAGCUGUCUUGCCAAAAUCAGAUCUACCUGAGCCAAAGUAAGAAAAUGGUUUCUUUCCUGGCAUUAGUGUACUGACAUCGGGGCUUCACUGCAACUAUUAAAACAAAAUGCUGAAUGGCUAAGU